CCUCAUCUCAUCUCACACUAGUAAGGGCACACAAUGGCAGGCACUAAACUAGUAGCCCUAGGUCUCAUUGUCCUCAUGAGCAUAGGAUUAGCCAAUGCUGCAAGGGUGACUAGGUACUCUAGAUCCGAAGGAACUGGUACUGGAGAAGGUGGUGGUGUUGGAUAUGUGAAUGGUGGUGGCUCUGGAUCUGGCAGUGGCGCGGGAUCUGGCGAGAGCGGUCCAAAUGGUGUCCAUGCUAGUGGUGGAGGUGGAGGUGGCGGCGGUGGUAGUAGCUACAAUGGUGGCUCUGGGUAUGGUGGUGGGUCUGGCUCGGGUUCAGGUUCGAGCCAGUAUAGUCAAGGUCCAUAUUAUAGCUACAACGAGUAUUCUAAUGCCGGUGGUAAUGGAGGUGGUGGUGGAGGAGGCCAAGCUGGAGGUUACUACGGGUCUAGUGGACACGGUGCUGGCGGCGGAACCGGUUAUGGCUCUAGUGAAGCUGGUACGAACUGGUAUGGACAAAGUCAUGCAAAUGCUAAUGCAAAUGGCAAUGGCGGUGGAAAAGGCACUAGUCAGAAUGGUGGUAGUGGCGGCGGUCAAGGUGCCGGAUCUGGGUACGGUAAUGCAAACCCAUAGAUGUUUCACAUUCGAGAAGAUGGAGCCCAACUUGUGGUGUUUUUUUUUUAAGAUUGUUACCUUAGAGUUUACUUACUUUUGGUUGUAAUCUUUAUUGUAUCUGCUAGGUUUUCUUACAAAAUAAAGGGCUCCAUCCUUGUAUUGAUGCGGAAAA